CUGAGGCAAAAUGCGCAUUGAGAAGAUAUAUGUCUACCCGGUCAAGGCACUCCGCGCCGUCGAAGUGAACGACUCCAUCGUCACCAAACAUGGCUUCCCAUCCGACAGACGAUUCAUGCUCCUCCACGUCGACAAAGACAAAGACGGCUCGACCAUCUACAAGAACAUUCACGUUGCCCUCUAUCCAGAGAGCAUAUUAUUCCACCCAAGCCUAGACACCAACGCAGACCUAAUCCGAAUCGACUUCAAACCACCCAGUGGACGAGAACACAAGACCUUGCACUUCCCACUCCAACCCGUCAUCGAAGACCUACAACCCAUCCCCAUAGAAAUGCACCUCUCCGAAGUCCACGCCUACAAAAUGCCCCAAAAAUACUCAGACUGGUUCAGUUCAUGCUACGGCUUCGAAGUUGCUCUCGUGUACCUAGGCCCCCACUACCGAGCAACUCGAAUGACCACCGCCCCGAUUCCCAGCAAACCCACAGGCUGGCUUUCCACAAUCACAGCCACAGCAACCUCCUACCUCCCCUUCCCAUCCAACCAAAAGAAUCCCACCACCACCACCACCAACCUCCUCACCUUCAACGACUGCGCCCCCUAUCUCGUCUGCUCUUCCAAAUCCAUGGAAGACGUAACCUCCCGCCUCUCUUCAGACCAAGAAAACCUCGACAUCCAAAAAUUCCGUCCCAACAUCCUCGUAUCGGGCGCAGAGAAAGCCUGGGACGAAGAUUUCUGGUCGCAAAUCACCAUCUCCGGACAAACGAAGAUUGAAUGCAUACAUAAUUGUGGCCGGUGCCAAAGUAUUAACAUCGACUACACCACCGGCAAACUUGGGGAGAAAGAAAGUGGACAGGUUUUGAAGAAAUUGCAGAGAGAUCGAAGAGUGGAUGUAGGGAUGAAGUAUUCUCCGAUCUUUGGGAGGUAUUCGUUUUUGAAUCCAAGUUUGGUGAGUCUUUUUCUUCUUUCUUCUUGCGAGAGAGAUCAUUGCUGACUUUUCAUUACAGAUUGGGAAGGUCUGCAUACCCU